GUAACAAAGAUAGAACGAUACUUGUGUCGACUUGUGUCACUAAAUGAAAAGCACCCACUGUGGUGUACUGGUGUAUAAGCUCUAUGGUGAAAAGGCUCCUUUAUAGUGAAUAGUUUCUCAUGCAUUUGUUCUGUUUUGUCUCUCUCGAUUCUCGUGUAAUAUGUCAGUUUCUCCUUUUUGUCAUGUGAGAGAAUAGAUUUAAGAUAAACGAUAUCAUUAUUGUAUUGUUUUAUAGAUUACUUUGAAUAACGAAGUCAAGGUGAUUUUGAUAUUGCGACGGAGUGCUGAAUUCCAAUACAAGUGUUAUGUCUCGAAAAUGUUGAUAUUUGAUGGUUAUUGAAUGGGACGAACCUGAGUCACGCGUACGUUGCGUCUAAUGAGGAGUAUUAACGCAAUCUCUUCUGUUUGGAAUAAGUUUAAAGCGGAUUCCAGAAACAUGUGUUAACUAUCGAAACGUGAAUCAUAUUGAUUAUAUUAUACUGGUGUUAUAUACAGUCAAAAGCUGUGAUUUGAUCAUGAAGGUUAUUGAUGUUAAUUGGUUUUAAUGAAAUCGUGUGUGCGCGCCAUGGAGAAGUUUAUGAUCGACUUGGACAAAGUUCUGAAUGACUUUGAGUUCAAUGAAGAUUGUGCAGAACAAACAGCGUCAGUUGUAACUUCUACGGUCGAUGCAACAGCCAUGGAGAAGCGUACCAGUGAAUCUGUGUCUCCGAAUAUGUACAACUUUAAUCCUGAGAAAGGUGUAACCAUAGAUGUAGUACCGUCUGUCGAAAAGUACCAAGAUAUUCGGCCGAUGAAUGUCGACACCAAAUAUUCACUAGCUGAAAAGAACAUAGUAUUUAUAUCGGACGGCAAAGAUUCUAUAAAUAAUUUCUACAUGCACGAUUGUAUCAAUGACAUCGCGACUGAACAGAAAUCAUGUGUUCAUUCUUAUGAUUCCGAUCAAGUAUCCUCAACGAUUCAUAGCGACUUAUCCCAAAACUCGAUGCAGAAACAGCAGAAUGCAAAUAAGUUUGAUUCGAAGGAUGGCGAUAGAUAUGAUAAGAAAUUGAAUCAAUCCAAUUUCAAACCUAGUAUUAGCAAUGUGUUUAAUAGUUUAAACGAAUAUAUUAAUGCUCCCACUAGAAACUUAAGUUAUAUUGAACCUAUAUUAGAUGAAGCAGGCGACUUGUCUAAAAAAUCCACAGAUGACGAAAUAGAGAAAGAUUUUAGAUUGAACAAACACGUAGCAAUUAAUGAACAUUUAAUCCCAAUUAACACGAAUGCUUUGGAUCACAAAAGUAUACCGGUAGAAUUGGAUGCGUUUGUCAAAGUUGAAAGUAGUAAUAAACAAAAUAAUAUAAUACAAAAUGUUACGUUUUAUCAUUCUACGCCGAUACAGUCUGAAGAAAAUAAUAGCAAUGCUUUAAUUUCCACGUCGGAUGCGUCUAUCUCGAGACACAAUAAUGUUACAAUAGAUAGAAAACUGUUGAAUAACAAGGAUGAUCUAGAUAAAAAGGUCAUAAUUAAUGAUAUGCUUAAAGAAAGUUCCGAUAGUAUCAUUAACAAUAAACAAAAGCAGGAUUCGGAUUUGGAUAAUCGAGAUUCCAUCGACAAAUACGCAUUGGUCGAAAAUAAAGAGAGUAUAGCGGAAAGUACUACAAAGUUGAAUAAGAAUUUAACGAGCAGUGAAAAUUAUGACAAAAUUGUGAAGACAGCUAAAAACGAUGUCUUUUCUAAUGUACAUUUGACACAAACAAUUAAUACCGGUGAUGAUUUUUCUGAAGAUGAAUUAAACCAGUAUUUGUUAGAGCUAGAGAAAGAAGAGAAAUCUAAGGCAGAAAAAAUACUUUCGGAUUAUAAUUGGUCACCACAAUCGUACGAUGAAUUCAGAAAUGAUACGGAAAAGAAAAAUUAUAGAGAAAAGAGUGCAAAUUAUUAUCUUCAACGAGACGAAGAGAAUAUUAAUAAAGCGCCGCUGUUCGAGAAAAUUAUGAUAGGCGAACUUCCGAAAAUCUCGCGAGAGGAGGAAUUUCAGGAAAAGACGAAGAAGUUUUCUCUAAUUUCUUACAAUGCGGAUAUGUGUAAUAAAAAUAUAAUUGAUGCAAACUGUAAUAAUGCUCUAAAAGUUGAUUUAAGUGGAAAAAGUAAUCAACUGAGAGAUAUACAAGAUAAUAUGCUAGAUAAAACGAUAAAAGACAAUUAUGUGAUAGAAGUAAUCGGUCAGGAUGUAAUAGAAGCAACACAAGAUAAUACUUUGCAAGCUUUAUCUGAUGUUGCUGUUCAAGAGAAAGUUUCGUCAAAAUUUGAAAAUAUUAGGGAACAGUUAGGUAGUAAUAAUAAUGUGAAACAGAAACUACAGCAACAUUCUAUUACAGACACUCUAUCGCAAGAUAACAACAGCGAGAUUUUAUUAAAUUUAUCAGAAAACAAAGAAGAUCACGAUAAAAAAGUAUACUUUGAAGACAUUGCUGAGAAUAAUAAAGAUGUUUUUAUAGUACAUGAGAUUGACAUCUCUAACAGCGAGCAAAUUUUUAAAACGGAAACUAUAUCGAAAACUAAUGAUGUUUCCAUGGUUUCUCAUAUAAAAGAAAAUAAUCAGGAAGCCGAAAAACCGAUCCGUCCCCACACAUUGGAUAUUGGAUUGACGCAUGACAAAAAUGAUUCCUAUACGUUUGAAUCAUCGAAUGCUGUACCAGGAGAAUUAGAACAGUCAGAAAAUGAUGGCACCGUUGAUGAAGAUCGCGGUGCUUCGUCGGAUAUCUCUGAUAAUUCUUUACUUGAAUGUAAUACAGUAUUGGGAAAACAGCCUCCUUUUUGGGUCCCAGAUAGUGACGCACCUAGUUGUAUGUUGUGCGAAGUUAAAUUUACCGUACUUAAAAGACGUCAUCAUUGUCGUGCCUGUGGUAAAGUGCUGUGUAAUAAGUGUUGCAAUAUGAAAUACAGAUUGGAAUAUCAGGGAAAUAUCGACUCCCGUGUUUGUGUAUCGUGUUAUCAUCUACUUACGAAAGCAGAGAGUGAACAAGAAAUGGGUGAUUGGUCAGCUGGUUAUAAUUUAUAUACCGACGGCAACAACGUUAAUUCCGUACAGGGGGGGAGACAGCCUAAUCCAAAUAAUCCUAUGGAGUACUGUUCAACUAUACCACCCUUGCAACAGUUAGCUGGUGGUUUGCCGCCACCGCCAACAGUGAUGGUGCCUGUGGGUGUUCUUAAGAGAGAAGGUUCGAAACACCGCGCGGAAGGACAGAAAUCUGUAGUAUUCAGUGAUGGAAUAAGGCCUGGCUGUGACCUGACAGAACUGGACACGUGUUGGGAGCCAAAGCUGUACCGUAAGCAGAGUAAUAAACGGACUUUUACAUCACCCAUGUUGGCAGACGCUACAAUGAGAAGACAAAAUCAUCCUCCUCUAGACAAUACGACCAAUAGUUAUAUACCACACGAUCCUAAUUUAUUACCUCCGACUGUCACGAUACAUAAAGGCCAAAUUACAUACCAUCCACCUAUGGAUGAAAGUAUACUCUAUAAAACGCUGAAAAACGAAUGCGAACCGCCAGUAAUGUUUGCCAUCAAUCGGAAUCUUUAUGCAUAUGUAAAAAUAACCAAUUUAAAUUGCUGCGUAAAUAAGAUCUGCUGGAAUGUAACGUCAAGAGGUCUCGCUUGUAUUGGUCAAGAUGAAGUUAUUUUAUUAAUCGAAGUUUUGCCAGAUGAAACACGGAUUCCAAAAGAUCUUCUCAUGUUUAUCAAUCAAUUAUAUCUUGAAGCUAUUAAAGGUAAUACAACAACAGAACUCGGUUUUUCAUUAUAUCAAGGUACUAACCUUUUGGGUUCGCGCGAACAUGCAGGAUUUCUUUUUAUUCGCCAGACAUUGCAAUGUUUACAAAAGAUUAUUUUGCCACCUGCACCUUUUUUGAUUGGACUCUUGAUUCACAGGUGGGAAACUCCAUGGGCCAAAGUAUUUCCAUUAAGGCUUGUUUUACGUCUCGGGGCAGAAUAUCGUUAUUAUCCUUGUCCAUUGGUGUCCGUUCGCUUUCGAAAUGCAUUAUAUUUUGAGAUUGGGCACACUGUCAUGAAAGUAUUAGCGGAUUUUAGAAAUUUUGGUUACACUUUACCAGGAGUGAGAGGUUUAAUGAUUCAUCUUAAAAAUCGUACAACGGACGUUAUGUUCCCCAGGAAUCGAUACGACCAAGUUAUAAAAGGACUUCAUAAUUCAAACGAUCAUGUCUUAGCUUAUGCUUCGAAUUUUAGUAUAAUCGCAGAUUCACAUUUAGUUUGUAUACAAACGAAUACCGGUGAUGAAAGCAGUUAUCAGACGCAAGCGAUAAACAUUCAUAAUAAACCGAGAACAGUAACUGGUGCCAGUUUUAUUGUCAUCAAUGGUGCUCUAAAAUCUUCAAUGGGACUUUCUGCUAAAUCUAGUAUUGUUGAAGAUGGAUUAAUGGUAGAGAUAAUGCCGGAAAAAAUGGAAGCUUUGAAAGCUGCUCUCAAAAAUAUGCAGGACUUCUCAAUUGGUUGCGGACGCCAGGGAGCAUUAGAACCGGACGAGACUGUAAACAUAAAGUGGGUCGAUAAUGACACGCAGUUCAAUUUGGGAGUUAAAAGUCCUAUUGAUGGACAAUUAAUGGAUGGUAUACCGUCUAUCAGAGUACAUAAUGGCAUUGAUUAUAAAGGUACAACCCGAUUCAUACGAUGGACAGAGGUAUUCAUUAUAAAAUCAGAUGACAAUUCGAGUGGUGUGAAUGAUCCCGUGGAUAUAAAUAAGCUAUCUAGUAGCAUAGCGAAAGCGACAUGUGUAGCACUAGUUAAGUUGCUGGAUCUUCUAGCGACGGCAGGUUUAACAAAACUCAGUGUACGGACAACGAUUCAUCCAGAUAAUGUUGGUUACGAAGCUGGAAGCGAGGGUACAAAAUUACCACCGAUAUACAUGAAGAGUUUAGAUAAUGAAUUGAUACAAGUUUUACAUAAAGCUGUGCAGGGCAGUCAAGAAGCGUAUACAGUGCUUGAACUGAUAUUUUAUGUCCUUGAGGAUUAAGAAAAGGAGUGAUUUACAUAUAUUCUAUGUUUUUUAAUCGGUGAUGUCUUCAAGAUAACAUUGAAUAACAUUUAUUAAAUUGGGAAAACGUGCAAUUGCAUUGAAUAUUGUAAUGGCAGUCAUUAUUAUUUAUAUAUUAUUUUUUAUUGUACACUUUAUUUUAUAAUUCAAAAUGUUAUUUGUCUAUUUAUUAAGAUUAUGAAACAUUUUUUAUUUAUCGCGAAAUAUUCAAUAUUGUCAAUAACCUCUCAGUAAACAAUAUCUACGAAUAGUACAUUAAUACAUUGAUGAUAAUUUAUUAGAUUAUUACAAAUAUAAAUUAAGAACAAAAAGAGACAGCAAUGAUAAUAGUUAUGAAGACUAGAACCAGAAGACCGAAUUAAGCCUGAUUUAGCCACCAAAAGUGAGGCGAAAAUUUACUAGAAAUGUAGUACCAAAUGGUGGUCCUGCGGCGAU